GAAGUUGUUGUCAGUAGGAGGAUCUGGGCUGGUUUUGGGACUGAAAUGUGUUUUCUUUUUUUCCUCUUUAAGGCUGUAAGCUUGUAAAAUCCAUUCUGGAGGAGGCCGUUGCCUUGUUGGAGCUGUAUUUAGUCGUAAUGAUCAUUUCCUUUUCCUGGGCCAUUUAUUUCAUCUUCGUGUCGAAGCCUCUGUUUGGGAAAGCUUAGCUAACCCAACGGUUAGCAAUGGGUCGAUGACAGAAACUGUAGCCCGGGAGUUUUGUCGAUGCCGUUUCAGUAAACUGGUUUAAGAUGGAUUUCUCUAAAUUUUUGGACGAUGAUUUUGACGUGAAGGACUGGGUGAACGGGGCUUUCAAAGUGGUGCAGAAGGAAGCUCCGGGGAAGGCGGACACGCACGCAGCAACCCUGGUGAUGAAGCUGCAGCUGUUCAUCCAGGAGGUCAACAAUGCCAUCGAGGAGAGCAGUAAUCAAGCCCUCCAAAAUAUGCCGCGAGUCUUGCGAGAUGUGGAGGCCUUGAAACAAGAAGCUUCCUUCCUGAAAGAGCAAAUGGUCCUGGUGAAAGAAGACAUCAAGAAGUUUGAACAGGACACGGUGCAGUCCAUGCAGGUGCUGGUGGAAAUAGAUAAGGUGAAGAGUCGAAUGCAGCUGGCAGCUGAAGCUCUGCAGGAGGCAGACAAAUGGAGCACGCUCAGUGCUGACAUAGAGGAGACCUUCAAGACACAGGACUUUGCACUUAUUUCCUCCAAGUUGACUAGCAUGCAGAACAGCUUAGCCAUGCUGGUGGACACUCCAGACUACUCUGAGAAGUGUGUCCACCUCGAGGCCUUGAAGAACAGACUGGAGGCCAUGGCUAGUCCGCAGAUCGUAGCUACUUUUAAUUCAAUGUCAAUAGACCAAGCCAAGCUGUUUGUUAAAGUCUUUACAGAGAUUGAUAGGAUGCCUCAACUUCUGGCGUACUACUACAAGUGCCACAAGGGUCAGUUGGUGGGCAUUUGGCAGGAUCUCUCUCAGAGCGAGCUCAGUCUGAAUCAGCAGCUGUCAGAGUUUUAUGAAACCCUGCUCUCGACGUGGCAUGUUCAGCUCCAGUGGUGCACACAGGUGUUCAAAAACCCUUAUGAAGUGGUGACAGUGCUGCUUAUUCAAACUCUGGGGGCCAUGGUGCCAUCCAUCGCCGUCUGCUUGAGCACCGCCAUGGAGCGAACGCACCAAGAGCAACGCCUGGAAACUCUCCUGGAGCUUCACCUCACGACGUCCACCUGUGGACACAACCUGGAAGCAGCCAUGCUGCCGCACCUCGCUGAGAAUAACCUCCUGAAGGUAAAUGAGUUGGUGUGUGCCAUGUAUGACCCCUAUAAGUCAUAUCAACUGCAGUACGGGGAGCUGGAGGAGGCGCACCUCCUCAUCCAGAUGAGUGCCGUUCCUUUGGAACACGGAGAGGUACUAGAUUGUGUUGAAGAGUUGAACCACUCUGUAGGGAAGUUGUUUGGCCUGGCGAGUGCAGCAGUGGACCGCUGUGUCAAACUGACUGAUGGACUUGGCGUGUGUGGCCUCCUGAAAGCUCUCAAAGCCCUCUUCACAAAGUACGUGUCGGAUUUUUCCACAACACUACAGUCAGUCAGGAAAAAGUGUAAACUCGAGGACACGCCAAGUUCAGCUGCUUUCCAGGAGGACUGGACGGCUUUCCAGAACUCAGUCAGGAUCAUUUCCACAUGUGGAGAAUUGCUAAGGCAGUGUGGGGCCUUUGAGCAGCAGCUCUCCAACAAGAUUUUGAGCACGGCAGGUAAACAUUUGUCCGAGUCAUACAGCCCACGCAGCCUGACAGGCAUCCAGGAGGCCAGCGCCACGGAGAGGAAGAACGCCACGAAAAACCCCUGGCAGGAAUACAACUACCUCCAAAGAGGAAGCGUAGCUGAAUACAACAAUUUGAUGGAAGUCCUUUACUCUCUAAAGGAGAAAGGCACAGGCAACUCCAACCUGUUAGCUGAGCCCAGAGCAGCUCUGACCAGACUCAACCAGCAGGCCAACCAGCUGGCCUUCGACUCCGUCUUCCUGCAGAUCAAACACCAGCUCUGCCUUGUGUCCAAGAUGGAGAUUCAAGAGGCUUCUGGCAUUGGAGAGAACUUCACCGAGGACCUGCCUACCUUCAGCCUGUCACCGCAAGAGUACAUUACAAAUAUUGGACAGUACCUGAUGUCUUUGCCUCUUCACCUGGAGCCCUUUGUGACACAAGAAGAUCCAGCCCUAGAGAUGGCCUUACAUGCUGGAAAAUUGCCUUUCCCUCCAGAGCAAGGUGAUGACCUUCCUGAGUUAGAAAACACAGCAGACUACUGGUUGGGCUCCAUCGCCCGGGCAACCAUGCAGACCUACUGUGAUGCCAUUUUGCUGAUUCCACAACUUACUCCUCAUUCCACUAAACAGCUGGCCACAGAUAUUGACUACCUGAGCAAUGUGAUGGAUGCUCUGGGGCUGCAGCCGUCACGCACCCUGCAACACAUCGUCACGCUUUUAAGGGCCAAACCAGCAGACUACAGGCAGACGACCAAGCUUCUGCCUCGCCGGCUCUCCUCCACCGUCGCCGCACUCCGAGGCAUCGACUAUUAACACUAAAGGAGGCACAAAAGUCCCCCCCAAUAAAUGAGAAGAUAUGAGGAGGUGCUGAAUCUAAAACACAACAUUCUCUCAGUGGUAGGAUAUUUCUGUCUAAAUGAGGGAGAGUGUUAUUAAGAUGUGAGGCUGAGAUUGGAGUUGCUCUCAUUUUCCCUCUGAUUAAAGUAGAUCUGAAUAAAUCUUCACCGGUGAUGAUGCCUUCAGAGUCGAACAAAAGCUAAAAAUAUCUGGUUAUUUUUGGUUUUAUAAAGUGGUGGGGGUGACAGAGCCUUUUAAAAUAGUUUGAAAGGUGUGUUUGAUUAUGUGUAUGCAAUAAGAAAUAAACCAAAUUCAGGCUAUUUAAUUAUUUAGAGGUGAUAUUUCUUCUCUGAUCUGUUGAUUUUUGUUAUUUUUUUAUUUUUUUUUUUUUAGUUUCAUGUUCAGUUCGUUUCUGUGGUUGAACUGGAAAAUCUAAAAAUCUUUUAGUGUCUUUAACUCUAUCUUCUUCCUAUUAAAGACAUUAUUUUUUGUCAUUAUUUGUAAAGGUUGUAUAUAAGACACUUAUGUGAAUGGGAUAAUGCAACAUUUUUUUUUCUUGGCUGAAAGUUUUAUUUUAAUAAAAGGUGGAUAACGGUUUUACAAUUAAAUCUAUGCUGUUACCAUUAA